AUGUUAUUCUUUAAAACAAUUGAAAAAGAUUUUAGACAACAAAACCCGAAUCAUAAAAGACCUAUUGGAUUUGAUCAUUGGUGGCAAGAUACUGACGGUGCACGUUUAUUAGGUGUUAUCAAAGAUGUUGAUUUAUUCGUCUAUUUAUGUAAUGCAAAGAGAUACCCAACUAAUUUAGACAAUACUCACAUUUUACCUAAUCCACCCAAACGAUUACCACCUCAAUACACUGUUGAAGUUAAAUUCGUGAAGAACGAUAUUGAAAUUGAUGAAUUUCGUAAUGAAAUCAAAAAACGUUAUAAAUCUACUUUUACCGUAGAAAAUAUGUUAGGUGCAAUGCGUUAUAACAGUCGUCACAUAAGAGUUGAUUCUUGUGAUAGAAAAGAUUAUGAAUCAAUACUUAAUAGUGGAUUUAUUGGCAUACAAGGUCAAUUAUUCUAG